AUGACCUGGGUGCGUAUCGGGUCUUUGGAAGUCAAACUCGAAAGUAAAAGUGCUAGUGAUAGAUGCGAACAUUCCCCCGGAAGCCCAACUCAAGGUCAAUUUGACAAGUUCCCUGACAGCGUGGAGAAGCCGCAGGCUGUCAAUAUCCUUACCAAACAAUCAACAGUCGAGAUUGAGUCAAUGCUUUCUGUUUGGAGCGCAAGUAGCUCCAACUUUAAAGUUAAAUUCGAGAUCGAAAAAGAUACCGAUGAGCCCGUGUACAGACGUGCCAGCGCAUUCGAUAUCCCAAUUUAUGACCAACUUGUCAACUACCGCCACCCUGAUGAUCUCGCCGGUGGGUUUGUGAAGCCAAGAAGCAACAGCGUGCCCUGGACAUGGCCAAGAGCCGUUGACAGACAUAUUCCCGCAGAUGGAAGCUCGGCGGGGUACCAAGACAAAGGCAAUGGUGUUUGGGGCCCUCUUGAAAGCACACCUUGGGCUCCGCUUCCAGAACAACGAUCCGAGCCCCAUGAUAACGAAAACAAGCACAAUCCUCAAUAUGUUCCAUUCCCCAACAACAUUGCUUGCAUCCUAGAUAAUGCCGGAGCACCCAAUCUUCUCUUUAGCUCUUACUCUCUCGGUGGUCACUUUAAAGAGCUACUCCCAAAGGAGAGACUCCUACAGGGAACAGGCACCAAUUUCGUGAUUCUGGACAAUUACAUGGACAAGGCCAUUGAAAUUUUAAAUAAUUUGGAUUCAAACCUUGUCGCAAUAAGAACUGCAAGUACUUCAAUAUUGCACGCCCACAAUGUGCAUUUUGACAGGGAUCCAACUGAUAAUCAUGGACCGAUUGCUCUAUACCUGAAGUCCCGAAUGCUCUGGUGGAUAGAAGAUUGGACAGUCGAUCGGCCAUCCCAUCGCGAUCCCCACCUGUCACUUUCAAAUUGGGAUAAUUGUUCGGUCUGGCAGAAAGACCCUUGUGUCGCCUCCAGUAAUUAUUCAGACAGCUAUCCAGCAAAAAUCCUGGAAAUUGCGGUACUUAUUCAAGCCUCCAUGCACCUCUAUUGUCGGGACUACAAUGAAGUUGAUGGCCGACAGAACUGGUGGAAGCCUAUGCUUCUUGCCUUGAUGAAAGUCGCCGGGGAACAGAUACAUCCUGACGGCUGGACAGAUAUCAUAUCAGUCGGUCCAGUUUGCCAGCCCUACUGGUCAGACUUUAUUGAUCCAGAGACAGAAGAUGCACAGGACGCCCCUUACUGGAAAGCCCUGCUAGGCCUUCGAGAAUAUCUCAUCGACGUGGACUAUUUGGUUGAACCGCAGAAUUUAUGUAUCACUGGGCCCUAA